AUGCAGGGAAACAAUAUUAUAUAUGCUGAAGGCACGACUGCAACAGUGGGCAACGCCCUUGUGAUUCUCACGUUAUGCCGGAACCGGAAGUUGCGCAGAAAGCCUCACAACCAACUGCUUUUCAACCUGGCGAUAUCCGACAUUGGGAUUUCCCUCUUUGGAUACCCUUUAACAACAGCCUCUAGUUUUGCAGGUCGCUACUUGUUUGGUCGGGUGGGAUGCCUUAUCCAAGGGUUCACCUGCUUCACCCUGGCCCAGGCAAACAUCAACACGCUGGCCUUCCUCAGUGUGUACCGCUAUGUGUCAGUGUGCUAUCCAGAACACAGUUACUAUUUAAACUUUGCCACCAGGAAGGUGAUCGUGUGUUUAUGGGUGUACGCACUCAUGUGGACGUUACCGCCGCUGAUGGGGUGGAGUGCGUACACCUUUGAGCCUUUCGGUACCUCCUGCAGUGUAGACUGGUCCAGCACCGACAAGGGAUCUGUAGCGUACACCUGGUGCCUUAUAGUGUACUGCUACAGCGUACACAUUGUGUUGAUGGCGUUCUGUUACUACAAGAUUGUGAAGAAGGCGUGGUCGGUGCGCGACAACUUGAACACCACUGUGGUUGUUGGGCUGAGGCUGAGUGAAGGUGCCUUUCUUCAUAAGAUGAGGAGGGAGAGGAGAGUGACCUUGAUUGCUUUGGCGAUAACCAUAUCAUUCAUCUUGCUGUGGUCACCAUACACCUUCGUGUCCUUGUGGACAGUGUACUGUAGGAAUCUGCCCAUCUGGGUCACGACGCUGCCCACCAUGUUCGCCAAGGCCUCCUGCAUGAUCAACCCAGUCCUGUACUAUUUCACCAAUCCCAGCUUCAGACGCAACAUUACCAUCCUCUUCACGAAGGACCAUCUUGGAUCACACAUCAGGAAAAGACCUCUGUACAUGUAUCGAGUGGACAAAACAAAGGAUGGCGUCUACAUCGGCCAAGGGAUACUGACCAGAAGAUGUGAAUCCGUCAUGUUCUGAACAUCUGAUUUUACAGUACUCUUCAAAUCAAAGUUCCCUAAAGGGGCGCAACGCAGUGGUGGCUUUGCAUCUUCUAAUAGUCGACUACUAUUCAAAACAAGGAUCCUUCGAUAAUCGCAACGGAAGCUCUUAUGUAUCGUUUUUGUUCGCAAUCCAGGUACU